AUAGAUAGAUAGAUAGAUAGAUAGAUAGAUAGAUAGAUAGAUAGAUAGAUAGAUAGUGAACCUUGAGUCAGUGAACCUUAAAUGUAAAUAUUAUUCAUAGUGCGUCACGGGUCAGGGGUCAGCGUGAUUUCAGGUGGAGCGGUCGCUGGUGAAUGGGGUCCAAUGGGAAAAUCCUGUCUGGUCCUUCAGUGUCCAAUGAGCUGAGAUCAGGGGGAGGUCCGCGUGCUGCUCAGAGAGAGACUUCAACAAACUCUCCUCCGAGCAAGGUCCUUCUGGACACGAAGAUGCCGUGUUCCCCGAGUGUGCUGUGGAGCUCGGCCUGAGGUAACGCGCGUUUCUCUGUGUGGAUUCAUGAACUUAUGAAGACGAUGCGAGUUUGCAGUGUGAGCUGAUAUGAGGAAUAUCACGCGCGUCUGAUGGAUGGAUGGAUGGAAGUUCCCUCAUGAAGAGAUUCCGGGCCCGAGUGGAUUUCAUCUGUGUGUGAAAUAAGACUCACGGUUCAUCAUAGCCAUGAAGCUCUGUUCGCCUCGCAUCUGCGUGUAGGACAUCUCAGGAACCUCCGUGAACUGCUGGGAGCCGGCUAUGGCAGGAACACGCCCGGGACGUCCCUGAGACCUCCCCAUGUUGGUGAAACUGCUGGAGAGCUCACGCACGCGCUUGAGUUUGUGUUGUGGAGAGACUGAAGCGAGCAGCGGAAGGGUCUGAGACACGCGUGAGUGAGUGAAUGAGUGAGCGCGAGCAUGAAGGAGAAGUCGAAGAACGCGGCGCGCACGCGGAGGGAGAAGGAGAACAGCGAGUUCUAUGAGCUCGCCAAACUGCUGCCUCUGCCCUCGGCCAUCACCUCACAGCUGGACAAGGCCUCCAUCAUCAGACUCACCACCAGCUACCUGAAGAUGAGGAUCGUCUUCCCGGAAGGUCUCGGGGAAUCCUGGGGUCACGUGAGUCGAGCGAGUUCUCUGGACAAUGUGGGCCGAGAGUUAGGAUCACAUCUGCUUCAGACUUUGGAUGGCUUCAUUUUUGUGGUAGCUCCUGAUGGAAAAAUCAUGUACAUUUCUGAAACUGCAUCAGUGCAUUUAGGGCUGUCACAGGUAGAGCUGACGGGGAACAGCAUUUAUGAAUACAUCCACCCCGCGGACCACGACGAGAUGACCGCAGUCCUGACCGCUCACCAGCCGUAUCACUCACACUUCGUCCACGAAUAUGAAAUGGAAAGGUCUUUUUUCCUGAGAAUGAAAUGUGUCCUUGCUAAAAGAAACGCUGGCUUGACGUGUGGUGGUUACAAGGUCAUCCACUGCAGCGGCUAUCUGAAGGUCCGUCAGUACAGUUUAGACAUGUCUCCGUUCGACGGCUGUUAUCAGAACGUGGGUCUGGUGGCUGUGGGUCACUCUCUUCCCCCCAGCGCAGUCACCGACAUCAAGCUCCACAGCAAUAUGUUCAUGUUCAGAGCCAGCCUGGACAUGAAACUCAUUUUCCUGGACUCCAGGGUUGCGGAGCUCACUGGCUACGAGCCGCAAGACUUAAUAGAGAAGACACUUUAUCAUCACGUCCACAGCUGUGACACUUUCCAUCUCCGCUGCGCGCACCACUUGUUGCUGGUAAAAGGACAAGUCACCACCAAAUACUACCGAUUCCUGGCGAAGCAGGGUGGGUGGGUGUGGGUACAGAGUUACGCUACUAUCGUACACAACAGCAGAUCGUCCAGACCGCACUGCAUCGUCAGCGUCAACUACGUCCUCACGGACACGGAGUACAAAGGACUACAGUUGUCCUUAGAUCAGGUGACGUCUGCUAAACCCUCGUUCACCUACAACAGCCCCUCUAACCCCAUCAGCGAGAACAGAAGAGUCGGCAAAAGCAGAGUCUCCCGUACCAAGACCAAAACAAGACUCUCUCCCUAUUCACAGUAUCCAGGUUUCCCCACAGAUCGCUCCGAGUCGGAUCAGGAUAGCCCGUGGGGAGGAAGCCCACUCACUGACUCUGCAUCUCCUCAGCUUCUGGAGCAGUGUGAAGGCGUAGACUCCUCAUGUGUAUACCGGCAGAUCCCAGAACCACGGCCCUUGUGCUACAGCCUACCGCUGACAGAUGACCAUCAUACCUCCAGUGACUUCUACAACCACACUCACUCCGAGUCCUGCGAGAGGGGUCGAUGUAUGGCUGGCCGAUACUUCCUUGGCAACCCUCAGCCUGGACGAGAGGCAUGGUGGGGAGCAGCCCGCUCUGUUCUACCAUUGCCCAAGUCUUCAUCCGAGAACGGGGACAGUUUUGAAGGUGUGAUGCCCCACAUCACCUCUGUCCAUAGCCUGCAAGCGAGAGGUCACUGGGACGAGGACAGCAUGGUCAGCUCACCUGACACGAGCGAUUCAGGCGACCGAUACCGUGGUGACCAAUGCUGUGCAAGUCCUCAAGAGCCCAGCAAGAUUGAGACGUUGAUUCGGGCCACACAACAGAUGAUCAAAGAGGAGGAAAGUCGUCUGCAUUUGAGAAAGGCUCCUACAGAAAUACCCUUGGAGUCUACAAACGGUCUGGCAAAGAGCCAUGGCUCAUCAUUUCACAGUACCGACUUUUCCCAGUCAGCUUUGCAGAGUGUGUUGUGUCGAGGGCCAGCUCAGGUUAUAAGCCCCGCCCCUAGUCCUGUUCCUCUUUCCCGUCUGUGCAGCCCCAUUCCUGACAGACUGGGCAAAUGUAAAGACUUCCUUUCUAAUGAGCUCUCCUCUUCUCAGCAACACCAGCAGCCGCUGCCCCUGACGGGCACAUGUGCUGUCUCUCCGACUCCAGCGCUAUACCCCUCACACCCCCGCCAGUACCUGGAAAAGCACACAGCCUACUCGCUCACUAGCUACGCACUCGAACAUCUGUACGAGGCAGAGAGCUUUAGAGGAUACUCCCUGGGUUGCUCAGGUCCCUCCCAUUACGACAUGGCCGCUCAUCUGCGCAUGCAGGCUGAACAAGCACCGGGCCAUAAAGGCACUUCUGUCAUAAUCACCAACAGCAGCUGAUGCUCAUCACACCACGAACCGCCUCUCAGCGAUUCACCCUCUCACUCAAGCUAGCCAAGAAUUUCUGAUUUGAUUUGUUCUUGUUCCUACAUGUUUCUACAAAUACUUGUUUUCUAGUUAAAAAAAGUAAGCAUUCUUAAAACAAACAAUUCGGUUGCACUUUAUUUUACAGUACGUGUACUUACAUGUACUUACAGUGUAUUUAUCUAAGAAAGUUCUGGUAAUACAAGGUAACUACAUGGGGUAGGGUUAGGUUUAGGGGUAGGUUCAGGGUUAGUACCUAGUUAUUACAUAGUCAUUGUAAUUACUAUAAUAAGUACAUAGUAUGUACAUAGGGAACAGGACUGUAAAAUAAAGUGCUAUCAACAAUUCAUUAAGAAGCUAAAUUAUUUUUUUUUUUUUUAAAUACUGAGGUUUAUGCAGGAAAAAAUAAAUAAAAAGCAUAUAGAAAAAUAAACUAAUCCUAUAUUAUGCAAUUUUGUAGAAGUAAAUUGAAAUUAUUUAAAGGAUGUUUAGAUAUUUUUGCUAGAAAACAAGACAAACAUAUCAAUUAAGUACACUUUUGCAGUGUAAUAAGGGAUGUGAGUUCUGUCACUAUUAUAAGCCGUAAAUGCUUGAAUGAAUGGGGAUUGUCCAAAUGAUUUCUGGAAGUAGGAGAAUAAUGAGAAGCAUGAAUUACAUGAUCUCAUAACAGCACAUUGACGUUUCAAAAAUCUAAACAGAAAAACAGUAUUUAAUUGUAUUUAUUUAGAUUUUCAGUAGGUUGCAUUUGGGUUAUGGAGUUGUUGGUUCACAAUACUUAAUGUAUAAGCUACAAGUAAAUUAAUAUUGUGGCAUUUUUUUUUCUUGUUCAUUAGUUGGUUUCUUUAUAUACAUAUAUUAUUAUUUAUUAUUAUUACUAUUAUUAUUAUUAUUAUUUUUAGCAUGCUGAUGUUCCAGAGAUUGACAACGAAGUCUAAUGCAAAAUGCAGCAUUAAUUUAUUAUUGUUUCAGUAAUUGUUUAAGGUUAUUGUAGAAUUCAACCUUAGCUCAUUUGUGUACUGCGAUACUUUUUGUAGUUGCAUAUGAUUUUUUAUUUAGUCUUUUAAGUCAAAUGCUUGAAGAUUCCAUUUGAAGCUUUUAUUUUUUAAACAAGACAUUGGUUGAGCAUGUUAUUGUGUUAUGGACUUGAUCAAAUUAUUCUUCUGCAGGUCUCUAACAUGUCAGCUUCUAAAAUGAAAUCUGAGAUUAUGCAAUUAUAAAAACAUCUGAUUUUAUUCAAACAAUUGGAACAAUAAUGGGAAUGAGCUCUUGAAGGAGUCUUGCGCUGGUUUGAUUGGAAGGUGUGCUGUUUUUGGCCCGAGGAGUGAUGGACUGCGCUGGUGCUGGAGGGCUUUGGAUCGAGCUGCUGUUUGGUGUAUUGAAGUUCCCAAAGUCUGGUAUGAACGUUAAUGGGGGAAUUAUCUGACAGACUCUACCCUGUACCUCACUACUACUUUGUGUAUUUAUAUAAAAAAAAUAAAAAUGGCUCUGUUCGGAAAGCUGUUUUACUCUGAAAAAAAAAAUAUAUAUAUUUAUGAUGUACAUACGCAAAAUUCACCCCCACCUCCCACCCACACCAAAUAAAAUGAUGCAAAAGUUGCAAAAAGGUAUUGCAAAAUGUAUUUAUUAUGUGAAUGAAAAAUGUCUUUUGCUUUGAAAUAUCACAGUGUUUGUGUGUGUGUUUAUUUAUAAUUUUCAGUUCUGCAUCCAAAGUAAAUGGCAUUGUUUCUAAACAUACUGUUUCUAAACAUACAAUGACAAAUAUUUUAAUUUGUUUUCAUAUUGCAGCAAAACUGUUUAGAAUGAUAGAUUUCUAAAUUGGUUCUGCAUUUGUUUUUAAUCUUGACAUUGCUCAUCCAGCGAGACUUUGGAGAACUCAGGUGAAAAGGAUGUUGAAAUAAACACAUCCACACUAAUCUGAUCAUUAUUCAUGUUUAAUAUGCUAUUUCAUACUCGCGUGAGAAAUUAAUAAAUGACUGCAAAGAUGUUAA